CAACACUCUGGUGAAUAGUUGGUCUCUUCUCCCCUUUCAACACUCCCGAAGUCAUCACAAAAACGUGAAAAUCACGUGAAAAUCCUCCGUAUCACUAUAAUUGUCUUCCUUAAACAACACGAAUCGCACAGCCCCACUUCACACCGUCCAUCCUUUCACCCCCCAUUCCGCCGUCCCAAGCUAUACAUACACAAAUUAUGCAAAUAUAGGCAAUAUUGGGAUGAAAUUACUGUUAUGAAGAAGAUGGCAGCAGCAUUUACAGUGAGUUUAAUUGGAAAUAAUGUACGGAGAGCACAUAUGGCGAUGGCCAUGGUGCAGGUGUUCAAUGGAGGUUACCAUGUUAUCACCAAAGUUGCACUCAAUGUGGGGGUGAAUCAGCUUGUUUUCUGUGUUUUACGAGACCUCCUUGCCCUUUCGAUUCUCGCUCCUGUGGCGUAUGUACGCGAAAAAAGGCUAAGACCGCCUCUGAAUAGACGCCUUGUUAUCUCAUUCUUCUUUCUUGGUUUGACUGGGAUAUUUGGAAAUCAACUUUUGUUUCUUAUUGGUUUGGACUACACAAAUCCGAGUUAUGCUGCAGCCAUUCAGCCUGCUAUUCCAGUCUUUACAUUUGCAUUGGCUGUGAUAAUGGGUACAGAAACAGUGAAUUUGCGAAGAACUGAAGGCCAAGCUAAGUUAGGAGGCACUCUUGUGUGUAUUUGUGGUGCCAUUCUAAUGGCUAUGUUCCGUGGUCCUGCCGUUUUUGGAAACAAGGAAUCAGAAUUUGCAGGGCAAAGUGAAAUAAUUGCCAAGGGUCAGCCUGAGCCUGUUGGAUGGUUAUUGUCUAGUUUUCUGGAAUUAGGGAUUGAUAAUUGGCAUCUUGGUGUUUUAUGCUUAUUUGGGAACUGCAUGUGCAUGGCAGCUUGUCUAUCCAUUCAGGCUCCAGUUUUAGCCCAGUAUCCUGCAAGCAUAUCGGUGACAGCAUAUUCAUACUUCUUUGGUGUAUUCUUUAUGGUGGUGACUGCAUUCUUUAUGACGAAUGAAUCCACUGACUGGAAUUUGACACAAUCUGAGGCUUUUGCAGUGUCCUAUGCUGGAAUUGUAGCAUCUGCUCUGAACUCUGGACUUUUGACAUGGUCAAAUAAGGUUCUUGGCCCUGCCUUGGUUGCUUUGUAUAUGCCGCUGCAACCUGCUUUAUCGGCUUUCCUAUCAAGAAUUUUUCUUGGAAGCCCUAUUUAUUUUGGAAGCAUUUUGGGAGGAAUUCUUAUUAUAGCUGGGCUAUAUAUGGUUACUUGGGCAUCCAAUAGAGAGAAACAAGCUGCUGGAGUUCCAUCUUGGCCAUCAGAGCCGUUUAGUAAUAAAGAUUCGUCUCUCAACAGGAUCACAUACCGGAUAGGACACAUUUUCUCAGGUUCUUCGACCUCUACACCAAAAAUCGUGGAUUGACUUAGAUGUGACUAGGAAGUUUUUCGCCUAACUUUGAUUACAGUGACCUCAAAUUUAUGUAAGAACUUGGAUAUGUAUAUGUUACAUCAAGGCCUUUAAGUUUCUUACCUCCUUUCGAUUUUUGGUGCAUGCUAUGUUGAUAGUGGAUGAAAUUAUUCUAUGGCUGUGCUGAGGGUGCAGGAACAUUUGCCAUA